AUGGGAGGAAAACACAGUGUAAGGAGCAUUUUAAUUACAGCAGACCAAGCUUCUUCAGCUCCUGGCUCAAACAUUACUGGGAAAAUUUAUAUGAAGUUCGAAAAGCCAGUCCGUGCUUCAACCCUUUGAUUGAAGUUCAAAGGCAAAGAACUCGUAUAUUGGAUUAUAUUUAUUAUUUUUUUUAAAAAUAUUUUUAAAUUAACUGUUUUCUCUUAAAAUUAAACCCUUCAAUUAUUUUCAAAACAAUUAAUUUCUGACACCAAUUGGAGUGCAGGCUCAAUGUCAGCAAAAGCAAAAGGGCUCACAAAUUUAAUCAACUUAAAAGCUGCCGUGAUGAUAUGGGAAAAUGGAGAAAUCCCGAGUGGAGACUAUGAAAUCCCUUAUGCCUACACUUUACCUGAAAACCUUUUAAACUCCUUCCAUCUUGAAAAUCCUCAUUAUUCAGCCGACAUCACCUAUAAACUUAAAGUUGAAAUUGAGCCUGAAAAACAUAAAAAAAUAAAAAAUUCAGUGACUGUCGAAAUCUAUAACCCAGUGCAAGCCAAAGAAGGAAUCGCAAUAUCCAGCAAUAUUCCAGUAGGGCACUGUUGUUCUACUAGAAGAUUCAGGAUAAACGCACAAUUAGAUAAAACUGCAUAUUCUCCAUUAGAAAAGCCACAAGUUUCUAUGGAGAUUAACAAUUCAGAGUCUGGUGCAAAUUUGGAUUGGAUUACUUUAUCUUUGACAAGGCAGAUAUAUUAAAUAGCAUAAAUUUAUAAGUAUAUUUUUAGAAAAAUUUCAUAUAGUAAUUGCCCGAGGAUGGCGUUAUCUUGCGCCAUCCUCGGGCAAUUCAAAAAUGGGCCCCACACCGGGAAUUGAACCCACGUGUGGGGCUAUUUUUGGUUAGUGGAGAGCAUCGACUUCCACGCACCAAAAAUGGCCCCACACGUGGGUUCGAUUCCCGGUGUGGGGUCAUUUUUUAAAUUGCCCGAGGAUGGCGCUAUCUUGCGCCAUCCUCGGGCAAUUAGAAUAUUUAUUAAUGCAAUUAAGGUGCAGCCUGGAUAAGAAAAGGGAGAAUUUAUAUAAGAACACUAUAAUUUUGCAUAGCAAUAAAAAGCACCAUACAUUUUUCAACGAACCCAUUGCAUCUCAUAAGGUCAAAGGAUGUGGAAAAGGAAAAAUCUGUGAAAAAGAGUCAGCUUUAAUCACAUUUUUAAAUUUAGAAAAAACCCAAAAAACCUUACAUAACGCCCCAACUAUAAAAACAGGGAAAAUUGAGUGCAUUUAUAAGCUGAAUCUUGACUUCACUUCCCAUGACGCCUGUGUAAAAAAUAUUGGAUAUUGCGAAAUACCAAUAAUAAUCUGUCCACAUAUAAUGGAAGUCCCAAAGCCAGCUCCUGAAGCUCCUCCAGAAUGGCACCCAGUGACUUAUGACAUGCAGAGACUUUCUUAUGCCUAUGCAGAAGCUUAUGCACCAUCUGCACCACCACUUGAAGAGGACGAAUAA